AUGGGGCCCCGUGUCCUCACCCACACUCAAACCACACCCAAAAAAGCCUAUGAAAGGUACCAGGGGCAUCUCAUGGGGCCCCCUACUGACCCCGGGCCCUCGGGCAUAAGGGGCCCCAUGAGAUGUGCCUGGUACCUUUUACAUAGGCUUUUUUGAGUUUGGGCAAGGACACAGGGGCCCCAUGAUCCCCUAUUGCCCGGGGGCCCCAUGAGUUCUCAGUCCGCCCCUGGUUAUUACACACAGGUCUCUCCCCUGUCAGCUUUCCCUGACGAUCGCUGGAUGCUGACGGGCGAAUCUACG